AGCACAAGAGAGUCAGUAGCGCAUGCAUACGUGGCUCGCUGCAUCGCCCACCCCUACAUUCACACAUCUCACACAAUAUAUAUAUAUAUAGUGAAGAGCGAUCUUCAUCUCCUUCACGGAACCUUAAGGGCACACACACACAACUUUUUUUUUCUUUUUGCAAGCGCACUUCGUUGUACGUACGCUCUUCGCCUCAAGCAACGUAGAUACAACUAUAUAUAUUUAUAUCCAUCUUGUUGUUUCGUUGCUCCAGCUGCUGUUUUCCCUCUUCUUUGUUUUGUUUUGAUCUUGAUGGGCCCAAACCUUUACGCCGGUGCACCGCUGUGAUUUUUUCCCCCAUCGCUGAUCGUAAUUUGAAAACAAAAACUUUCUUUUUCUCUUUUUUCUCUUUUCUUUCCAGGUGUGCUUGAAACAUUAUUUUGUCAGAUUCUGGAGAUUUUGCUUCCUGCGUGGUGUGUGCGUUGCUCUUCUUAUUUUGGGUGAGUCUUCUCUUCUCCUCUCAUAACCUGCUCCGUGCGACGCGCAUCCCACGGCGGUUCCUCGCCCCAACAACUUAUUAUUGUCAUCAUCAUUUCAGUCGCCGAGGUUUUUUUUCCUUUUGGCUCCUGCGCUGUCGGAGCGCGCUGACUUCGUCGCCAUUCUUUAUUAUUUUACUGCUCGAUUCAAUUCCUCCUCUUCUUCUGUUUUACGUGACGUCGCUCCCGCUCUGCCCCGCUGCCCGACAUCGCCGCCAGUGAAGGGCCUCGGAAUCACGUGAGCGCAGACACACUCACGCACACAUACACAGACAUUCACAGAAGGAAGAAGGAAAGAAGGAUAAUACAGACCGUCGCAGGGCGCGGCGUAGCAGGUUGCUCUUUCUCCCAUUCAAAAGACGCAGAAAAAGGAUUAUUUCUGCUGCGGAGGUCGCUGCUGUCAACGCGUGCGAGACGGGUUCCGUUAAAAGAUAGAAAACGAAAGGAAGCGUAGUUCGUAUCGCCGUCUGCCGCUGCAGCGCUGGUGGGGCGCCUGAGCACAUUUUUAGUUUCGUUUUUUCCCCCUCUUUUUCCUGCUGUUGCUUUAGCUGGAAGAGCGCCACGACCGAUUUAUAUUUUUCUCUCCUUCCCUCACCGCGUUCUCCGUAGCAGCAUUUGCAGGCCGGCGCUGCUGUUUGAGAGAGCACCAACAGCCAAAGCACGAGCGCGUGAUGGAGGCCGCUGCGCCGUUGGCGGGGCCCACCGCGCCGCACUCCCGCACCGCUUCCAAAACCACCAUCAUCUCCGCCAAUUUCACCAGCGUCGGCGAGGCGAACUUGGUCACCGCCGCGGCGAACGCUGUCGCCGGUGAGAAGCCGGUCCCGCUUCACGAUAGUACACCACGGCGUCGGCCUUCUUUCAUGGACCCGCAGCAGCAGCCGACGCCGCGCGGGUCUCUGCAGUGGCCCUCCAGCCACCGCUCCUUCUCGAGCGCCGCCGCCACCCGCGACAGCUCGCGCCACUCGCAGGCCACGGACCGCGUCAACGCAGGGGGCGGCUUCAACGUGUCGGCGACGGCCAGCGUGCGGGGCCGGGCACCGAGCAGCACUUGCCACACACCAAUGUCUUCACGCGACGACCAAAGCGACAACCGUGCCUCGGCCUUGAGCGGCGCCGGUCGUACCGGCACGCGGUGCGGUCGUAGCCUCGGCGCCCUCCCCACCGCCCCUCCGCUGGUGGAUGUGGGGGACUCGCCCUCGCAGGGCCCGCAGAGCGCCUCGCACAGCCUCUACACGACCGGCUUCUGCACCCCGCGGGACAGCGCGACGGCCCCCGGUCACGGCCGACAUCCGUCGCCCUUCAGCGGGCACAGCAUCAGCGCGACGGUGAGCAUCGGCGCCGCGAACCUCUCUACGCCGGCGCCGCCGCCUCCGCUGGACGACUUCGAGGGGGAGGCGGCGACCCUCACCCGGGCGGUGCUGGAGGAGAAGGUGGACCAGAUGCGCGGCGAAAACCUAGUCCUGCGCACGGCGGUCUUACGUCUGCGGGAGGCGCUGGCCACCUUGCAGGAGGGCCUGCGCGCGAACUACGCCGACAUCGAGCGUCGACAGGACAGCAUCGCGAAUAUGCUACUGCGGCGGCUCGAGGCAACGAAGCGGCACCGCGCCAAGCUGGUCGCCCACCUGCGCAACAUGGAGCUGGAGAAGGCCUCCCAGGAGAAGAAGCUGCACGACACGAAGCAGAGCAUCAAGGAUCUGUCGAAGCACCUAAAGCGAGAGGAGCAGGAGAUCGCGGAGCGGCUGCAGGGGCGGCUGCAGAAACUACACACCCAACGCGAGCAGCUCGACCGCGUGCUCGCGGAGCAGACGAGCUCCCUGCAGCAGCUGGAGCAGCUCGUGCAGGAGGUGGAGGAUAUGGGUCUGGGCGAGGGCACGGCGGAGGGCGGCAGUAGCGUGAUGGCAACAACCCCGUCUGCGCUGACCACCGCGGAUGCAUCAACGGUAUCGGCAGUACCAGCACCUGCGGCUGCGGUGCCUUCCCUCGCACACGUGGGAGGCGGCGUCUUGGCCACGACGUUCCACGAGCGCAGCAGCAGCCGGGUCAGCGGCGCGAGCUCCAACACGGCCACCACCACCGCCGCCGACGCCGCCUACGACCCGAACGCGAUGAUCCGCUACCUGCGCGAGGAGAUUGCCGCGGCGGAGAGCCUGCGGUCCGAUGCGCUGAGCCAAGCUGACCAGUAUGUGGCCACUCGCGAGCGGUUAGAGCGUCGACUGAAGCGGGAGAAGGAGCACAAGGCGGAGCAGGAGUCCCGUGCGGAGGCCCUGCGGCAGGAACUGAAGAAUGCAAGCACUGCCGUAAAUGAGAAGGUUGCGUCGCAGGAGACGGCGCUGGAGAUGGAGCUGGACCGGCUCUUGAACAGCUCCCGCAUCGGUGGCGACAUCAUCUCCAGCGCCAGCAGCACCUGCGCAACGCCGAAGUUUCGGGCAGUGAGCGCCGUCGCGAGUCGUGGAAAUUCCAUCUCCCCGUACAUCGGGGGGCUGGCCACACCGGCCGCUGCUGGGGCUGGGGCUGGUGGCAGUGUUCCAGGUGCGGGUGCGGGAGACGACGACAUGCGGGCACUACCGCAGCACCCCCCCGACCCCUUCCUGCUGCCCAGCAGCGGUGCGCCUGUGUCGUUCGCGGGGCAUAUCGAUCUGGCCGGCCCGGCCAUCCCCUCCUCUGCCGCCGCCUGCCCCAUUGGCAUGGUAAUCGGCGAUGGAGCGGCUCUCCGCGCCUCCUCCUCCAUCCACAUGAACACCUCCCUGAGUCGUGACGAGACGACGGCCUCGUCGGAGGGCACACCGCACGCGACGCGGCUGCUGGUGCAGGACACCGCGCGCAUGGUGGCCCCGCGGCCUGUUACGUCGUCGGAGAGUACACCGCGACGGACACCGCUGACCACGCCGCAGCUGAGCACGUCGCACAGUCCGGCGGCGUAA